CUUAGUGAUGGUAUACUGGCCUCUGCUAAUAAAGGAGGUGGUAUUUUCAUAGGCUUUUGUAAAAGUCUGUUUCUCAGUCGACAGAAUCGCUAUCUCAGAAAGUUUCCUUCAGAUCUUAGUGACAUUUUCAGAUUAGGCAGUUACUCAAGAGGGAAAGAAUCAGUUGCAGUUUCAAGUGAAUCCAGGGUCCGCAAGAUGAGAUAUCACCCUGGCUGGACUGGCACUCCAAAGGCUGAGAAAGCCAAAAAGAAUGCCAAGGACAGGAGGGAUAAAGAAAAUGAUGGUCUUGAGAAGUUGAAAAAAGUGUUGCCCCUUUCCAGCAAUGUAAUAUCCACACUAGAUAAGCUCUCCACCAUGCGUCUGUCAGUAGCAUACUUAUGGUUGAAGAAAAAAUUGGAGGAGGAAAAAGAGAGUGCUUGUCUAGAUGCCAAUGGAAAUACGUGUAGCACAGCUGUGCAGUCCAAUGACCUUGCCUCCAGAAUGCUGCAAGGACACGAGCUGUUGAAAUGUUUCGACUCUUUCUUGAUUUAUGUGCACAAGAAUGGACAGAUAGCUUACGUGUCUGAACAGGUGGAGGAUUAUUUGGGUUUCAAACAGACAGCAAUGAUAGGGAAACAUAUUUUUGAGUUUGUGUUGGAGCAAGACCAUAGAGAGCUGAGGAAACAAUUUAUUGUGAAGCCAUACAAAAAGACUGAAAGCAAUGGCACAACUAUCACAACAUACUGCCAAAACCGAGAAUUCUGUGUACAUAUGAACUGCCAAAUAAUAGAUAAGGAAAAGAAUAGCAAGUCAAGAGGCCAACUGAUGGUACAGUGGACAGGCCGCUUGAAAAUUAAGAAUUCCUUGAAACCAGCUGGAUUAAUAUGCAUGUGCCGUCCAAUAUAUGGAGAUCCAAUGAUGGAAAUCCGGACUCAAGGAAAUGCUUUCUCAUCUCAUCACAGUCUUGAUCUCAAAUACGUUGAUGUAGAUCCAAGAGUCACGCAACUGCUUGGAUAUGAAAGAGAAGAUCUGAUUGGAAAACCUGUUUACCUGUUCCACUUUCCCCUGGAUGCGAAAACUAUUUCAGAGUGCCAUCAAACCUCCUGUUACAUCCCUGGCUUAGCUACUGUGAGGACAUUGCGUGUUCCCUUGAGUGCCAAAUAUGGCUGCCCCUCACCCACGACAUGGGUCCUGGCCAUCAAUUCUCUCAUCUCGGUGCUCAUAGUGGGUCUGCCUGUGGCCAGGAAGCAUGAUGUGGCUUACGAGGGUGUGUGGUCAGAGUUGGCUCACACACUGGAAGAAUUCCUGUUCUCCAAACACCCUACCCCUUCCACAGCAUCAGUGGAAGACUAUCAGAGAGAUGAGGCAAUUGAUUGUAGGGUUGUUCAGGUAAUCCGGGAUGAGAUCCUGCCCUAUGGCGCUGGCAUGCCCAAGGAAUUUGUCAUCAAGAUCAUGCACAUACUAAACCAGGGCUCCAUACAUGCAGCCACAACUGAUGCUUUCAUAGAUACAGACUCUAGUCGUAAGUUACGUGAAGAGUUUGCCAAAGCGUGCUUCGAGACUUUACUCCAGUUCUCCUUCAUCACAAAUGCAUACAGCACUGGCGAGGGAACGAUAACGGACCUUGCCGUUUCUUCCAUGUUACAGCGAUGCCAGGGCGUCAUUAAGAAGUUUGUGGAAGACGAGAGGCUGAGUGGAAAAUGUCCUCUGCCAAGACCCCGGAUGGCAGAGAUGUGUUCUGUGUUGAAAGCUGUGGCAACUCUUUUGUCUUCACUCAAGAAAGCACCACAAGCAAACAUUGACCCCAGCAUCUGGAGCCAGGUGAUACAGCUGUACCCACACUUAGUAGACUGCACUACUUCUGGAUCCCCCCAUGUCUCUAAAGCUUUGAAAGAGUCACUUCAUGAAUUUAAAGAACUACUAGCACCCCCUAGUGGUGUGCAAAAUGGUCUCUGAUUGGAUGUGGUAAUGUCUGCUGUGGAGAAACUGAUACCAGGAGAAAAAUUCUUGUUAAAUGUGAAGAUUUUCUAUGUUCAUUACGACGAGGUUUUGGGUGCUGAUAUAAAUAUGUAAAUGUGCAAUUUUUGUCUGGGGGCAUUUUGGAAAUUACUCUCAAAAAUUAAUAAAAAAUUAAUUAAUAUAGUUCCUAAAAGUAAUAAUGAAAAUGGCGAUUCAAAAGUUUUGAUGAGUGCGGGUUGGCUCCAUGCCAAAAGAACAUUUUCAUAAGUGACUGAGAAGAUUAAAUCUUGAACAAUUAAGAUAUUAGAACUAUAAUUGAGGUAUUGGAAAAUUUCCAUAAGUAAGGGUUUGCCCGAGUUUCAGAGUUGUUAAGGAACUGACAGAGUAGAGUGUCCAGGGGUAAAAGUUAAUCUUAGUUCCCUGAAGUUCAGGAUAUUGCUGUACAAACUAUGUGAUAAAUAUAAAACUGGUGGCAACCCUGGGAACAGAACAUUUGCUACAAUAGUCACUGGAUGUUUCUCCAUUGUUGCUAGCUUCAUAGUGGUUAUCGAGGAUUUCCAUACAGUAGAUGAUGAAAUUGGUUAUGAAGUAUUGUUGAUAGUUGAUUAUACAUGGACUAAUAAUUCAGUGAAAAAGACAAUUUUGAUUUAAAAAAAACAGAAAUGUCAUUGGUUUCAUUGAAAGGUUUGACAUGAGAUGUAGUGUAGCAAUGUAUGUCCUGUUGCGCAUUUCUUCAGUUUUGGCAGCACUUCUUUAGUGCAGGUUUUCUAAGAUUGACACAGGCUCUAUUCCCAUAGAUUUUAGAUCGAUCUAUCCCCGUGGGGAGUCUCACUAGAUUAC